CACAAUAAAUGAGAUAGAAAUUAAAAUAACAACAGAAAAUAUCAAUGAAACAAAGUUUUAUUUUUUAAAAGAUGAAGUAGAGAAAUCUUAAGCUGGGUGUACCAAGGUGGGAGAAAACCAACAGCACUGAGAUACAGUUCCUAAGAAGCUACUAUGAAUAAUUAUUCAUCAACAAACUGGACAAACUAGAAGAAGUGGUUAAGUUUCUAGAAAUAUGCAACCUAUCAUACUGAAGAAAGAGAGAAUCUGAAUAAUCUGAUAGAAUCAGGAAAGUCCUAGCCAUGUUCUGGCACAGAUGGCUUCACUGAUGAAUUCUGCCAAACGUUCAAAGUAGAAUUGAUGUCAGACCAUCUCAGACUUUCUCAGAAAACGUAAGAGGAGGGCGUAUUUCUGUUUUAUCAGGUAAGCAUUACCCUGAGACCAAAACUAGGCGUGGACACUACAAAAAAGUUACAAGCCAGUAGCUCUGAUGAACGCAGAUGCAGAAAUCUUCAACAAACUGUAUUCAACCAAAUUCAGUAGUACAUUAAGAUUAUACAACAGAAUCAAGUGGGAUUUUUCUCUUUUUGCAGGGAUGUAAGUGUGGUUCAGCAUCCUGAAAUCAGUGUGAUAUACUGCAUUGAUAAAAUGAAGGAUGAAAAUCAUAUGAUCAUCUCGAUGCAGAAGGAGCAUUUGACAGAAUUUAGCAUCCAUUCAUGGUGGGCACUUUUGGUGACAUUGUCCAAUUCUCACAAUGUAUCAUUCCUUGUCUGAAACUAGACACCCUCUGCAACCAGAAGAACAAGAAGUGGGCACUGACCCCUUGUCGAGUUACUCAAGCAAGCCUGGAGGAGAUUCAAAUCAAAAUGGAAGAAGAAGAAGUUCUUUAGACUCUGAUGGGACUUUUAAUUCCUAUAGGAAAGAAUGGGAAGAACUAUUUGUAAACAACAAUUACUUGGCAACAAUAAGGCAGAAGGGGAUUAAUGGGCAGCUGAGAAGCAGCAGGUUCCGCAGCAUUUGCUGGAAGCUUUUUCUUUGUGUUCUUCCUCAAGAUAAAAGUCAGUGGAUAAGUAAAAUUAAAGAACUAAGAGCAUGGUAUAGCGGCAUUAAAGAAAUACACAUCACAAACCCUAGGAAGGUUGUUGGGCAGCAAGACUUGAUGAUCAAUAACCCCCUUUCCCAGGACGAAGGGAGUCUUUGGAACAAAUUCUUCCAGGAUAAAGAGCUUCGAUCAAUGAUUGAACAAGACGUCAAAAGAACGUUUCCUGAAAUGCAGUUUUUCCAACAAGAAAGUGUGAGAAAAAUUCUUACAGAUGUUCUUUUCUGUUAUGCUAGAGAAAACGAGCAGUUGCUUUAUAAACAGGGGAUGCACGAGCUGCUGGCUCCUAUCGUCUUCACCCUCCACUGCGACCACCAGGCCUUUCUCCAUGCCAGUGAGUCUGCGCAGCCCAGUGAGGAAAUGAAAACUCUCCUGAACCCUGAAUAUCUGGAACAUGAUGCCUAUGCCAUGUUCUCACAGCUUAUGGAAACUGCUGAACCUUGGUUUUCUACUUUUGAGCAUGAUGGUCAAAAGGGGAAAGAAGCCCUGAUGCCUCCUAUCCCCUUUGCUAGACCACAGGAUUUGGGGCCAACAAUUGCUAUUGUUGCUAAAGUCAACCAGAUCCAGGAUCAGCUACUGAAGAAGCAUGAUAUUGAGCUUUACAUGCACCUGAACAGACUAGAAAUUGCACCACAGAUAUAUGGGUUACGGUGGGUGCGGCUGCUGUUUGGCCGAGAGUUCCCGCUGCAGGACCUCCUGGUGGUCUGGGACGCCCUGUUUGCCGAUGGCCUCACCCUGACUUUGGUUGACUACGUCUUCGUGGCCAUGUUGCUCUACAUCCGAGAUGCUUGUAAGUGCUAAUGCCCGUGCCAACAUUCAAUUCGGUGGUCCUGAUUUUUUAAACUGUGUCUCUUAAAUGCACUUUAUCUUUUAUUUGGAAUCACCAUACCUAGAUUUUUAUCAUAGGCAGUACAUUGGAAGUUUCAGAGGAACAACCUAAAUAUAUUUUUUGUGAGUUAACAUAUAUGUAUCAGAUGUGGGUAAUUUUAUCCUGAGAGAAUUGGAAUAUUCUUCACAACCAUUUUUCUAAAGACUUUCCUCCUGCUUUGAUCUCGUCAUUACACACAUUUGUGAAGCAUACAUAGAAAAAGCCAGUGUUUCAGAUAUGUUUAGAGCUCCACCUUCUGACAGGUAGGGAAUAUUCAAGAAUAUUUAGCAGGAGAUGAGAGCUGUUUUUCUGG